AUGCCCAAGAAAAAAUAUUUGAUUCCUCACCCUCCUCCUGCGAAGUCUCCCACAAAUGCCCCAGCAAUAUCUCUAAUUUCCCUCAUCUGUGAGUGAACCAAAAAAAUUUAUUUUCCCAUAAGAGGCUUUUAAAAAUAUAUAAAAAUUUUUAAUAAAAUCUUUUUUUUAAUUUAAAAAAAUCCCAAUUCCUAAAAAUUAGAAAGUAAAUAAUCAAAAUUUAUUUUUUAAAAUUGUUUUAAAUUUCAAAUAAUAAUUCUCACUUAUAUAUCAAAAUUUUUAUAUUAAAAAAUUUUUGUCAAUAAAAAUAGGGAUUUUCCAAUGGUUUCGUUCGCUUACAAAGGAAGGGGGAGUAAUAGGAAAAAACUCAUCCCACUGAACGUUUGGGAAAGCAUCUCGCUUUCGUUAUUUAAAAAGAUCAAUAACCCCAGAUUUUACAACACUCCCCUCUACCCUAGGAAAGCGUACUACAACCUUCGGAUACGGCAAAAGAUGAAUUCCUCAGAACUCUAAAGGAAGAGACUCCCCGUCUCCUACAACUUAUCAUCCUCCUUCCUGUUUUGAUCUGGAGAAAAAAGCCCCUAGUUUCGGUUUAAGGUGUCAUACAGAUCGUACAGUUGAAACAAAAAAAGCAAUCCCAGGUCCUGGAUCUUACAACCCUUAUAGCCCUAUGGGCCACCGAGGACCUAAGUUUACAUUUAGUCCAAGAAUAGAGCACCGAAUGAAAGCAUGUACCCCACCGCCUGAUAAUUAUUGCCCAAAUUUUAAUCUUGUAGAAAAAGCAAACUAUUCAGCAAUUGGCUUUGGGAUUGGUGAUCGAAGCAAAUCUCCUUUAAGUAGAAGAGAAUCAAGUCCUGGGCCUGGAACUUAUGAAAUCCCGAGUGGAUUUCGAUCUAACAAUUCACGUCCAGGAAGCCCUGGAAGAUCGGUGACCCCGCUGCUAUCAAGAAGGCAUUCUACUAAAGCUAAAUAUUAA